UGGUGCGGCCGGCAGAGCGCUUCCCGCGAGCGCGGCGGAAGUGACGUAGCGCGGCCGCCGGGAUGGCGGCGCCGAAGGUGAAGCAGGACAUGGCCCCGCCGGGCGGGUACGGGCCCAUCGACUACAAGCGGCACCUCCCGCGCCGCGGGCUCUCAGGGUACAGCCUCUUCGCGCUCGGCAUCGGCAGCCUCCUGCUGGGCUACUACACGCUCGUCAAGUGGAACCGGGAGCGCAGGCGGCUGCUGAUCGAGGACCUGGAGGCACGGAUUGCCCUGAUGCCGCUGCUGCAGGCAGAGUCAGACCGCAGGACCCUCCGGAUGCUGCGGCAGAACCUGGAUGAGGAGGCCAAAAUCAUGAAGGAUGUUCCUGGCUGGAAGGUGGGCGAAUCCCUGUACCACACCGACCGCUGGGUGCCCCCCACGCUGGAGGAGCUCUACUACCUGCGCCCCACCAGCGAGGUGGAGAACGAGAAGUUCGGGCUGCAGUACUAUGUCUGAGGCGCGGCACAGCAUGGCACAGCCCGGCACCGCGCUCACCGGGCUCUGGCAUCCCCUGGUGCCGUGGGGGGGCGGCGGCGGCUGCCCAGUGCUGCCUGUUCCAAUAUCUGUCAUUAAACCUACACGGAUCCGCGGUGUCGGA